AUGACUUCGACUACUUUGAUGACAUUUCUACUUGUCCUCAGCCCUCAUGUCAAAUCAGUCAAGCUCUUGGGCUCGUGGGAUAAUUUCUCCAAACCAUAUUACAUGGAGAGGGACAGACGCAUUGGCUCAGGCCACUGGAGGGGCUGCCACACUUUCACCGAUAUAAUAUGCGAUGGAUCCCCGAGUCACAUGGGCCCUGCACGCUCUGGCGGACUCAAGAUGGGUGGCACUUACUGGUAUUAUUACUUGCUCGAUGACGAUGUUGAAUACUACAACGAGGCAGAGCCGGUGACAUCGCAAUGCCCUUUUCUCCCCGGUCAACCGGUUAAUGUUCUUCAUGUUCCCAUCAUACUGCCCGACACCACUCCGACCCACACUCGUGAGAGAAGUUGCAGCUCCAACAAGACCGAUCAGCGAACCAUGAACCCGGAGGAUAAGUAUAUGAAUCCCCGGCGUCCCCCUAAGCCCAAACUUCCUCGCCUUCGGACGUCUCCCCCGCUUUUACAGCAACCGACGCCUGCUUGGUCGUUCAAUGCCUCCCCUUUGGGCCUCGCUACCCAUAAGGCCUCCUCUCAGCCUGGCAGUGCCACGUCAAACGCUAGAAACCGUGUUGGUUCCAAGGAAUCAAAUUGCAAAGCUGCCCGAUCUGUUUCUCCUCCGAGAUCUCGAGGUCUGCGAGCUGCGUUCCGACAGUGGAACGCAUCCUCGCCUGAGUUGAGCGCUCCCAGUGAUGAAAGUACGGGCAACAUCCCGGGCUUUAUGGCACGUGGGUCUGCUUCGUCGCGCAGUGAAGGAUACGAGGACUUGUCUAGACCUCGUUCGCGUGGCGGCUUGAAACAACCCACAAACAACACCGAAACCUCUCGCCCAUGCAUGGCAAACAAUCCCUGGCUCCCGGUUCCGACCGAAACUCAUGACCAUACGCCGUUAUCGAUUCAAGAACGGCGCGUUAUCAACGCGACAUACGCAGAGCAAACGCCGCGUAGAAAUCCUCUGACUCUACAAACGAAUUUGGGUUCGGCCACUCCCCGCGGCCAACGCAGCCCUAGAAGAUAUUCUCGCACCGCCCAAGGGUCUUCUGUGAGCUCUUACCCUUUCCUGACGACUGCGACCGUGGCAAUGCCGUCGGAGCUUGAUGCUACAACGCCGACACCAUUCACUUUCAAGGAAAAGCGGCUUCCGACGCUUCCCAAUACACCUUCUUCGGUCAUGGACGAGGCACUACGUGACCUUGAUGACCGAGAAAGAGCCCUGGACACCGAGAAUUUCGGAAGUCACUUUUCGGAUUUCAGCGCGACAGAGACUUCCAUUGACUCCCCGUACGAGCAAAGUCGCUUUUCCGAAUGGAGCACGGAUACGGAAUUGAUCUCCCCCGAGUCGAUGACCUCUUCGCUGACUUUCAACAAUGAAUCUCAAACCCCUUCCAUCAUUGACCGUCUGGAAGUUCCAGAUCUCGACUGCGCAAUCACAGAACCCAGUGACCCAGACACUCCCCAUUUAACCGUGGCUUCCAAGCCUUCACCUACUACUCUCGGUGGCGAUUCCCCCCGUUUCAACCUGCCGCCUCCUCGCCUAACGAUUUCCUUAUCUCCGUCCGACCUGGAUGUUCCUGGUCUAUGCAUCCACGACGAUGAUCACGUGGAAACCAACCCCAAACGGCAUGCCGCCUUUUUUGGAGGAAUGGACCCGGUAGAGGCUCUGGGGAUCGCUAAAAGCCCCGAGGCCGGUAACGUCAAUUUCCCUGACUCGGUCAAAAACGAUAUGUUUUCAAUGAUCGAUGGGCGCCCUGCCACGGCUGAGAAUAGCCACCGCGACUCCAGGCGAGCGACCGUUGCCAGUCAGAGCGCAACGAUGCAGGAAAUGAUCGAUGAACUGAGCUAUUUGAAAAACAUGAUUCAGUCAGGAGACACAGGGGAUAUCUAG